AUGGUUCAGUUGUACGUCGAAAAGUUGAAAAAUGGCUUGAUUAGACAAUUUAUGUGUGCCGGGAAGUUAAGAAUUUUAGAGAAAUCUGUAAUUAUAAUAAUAAUAUUAUAACAAUCGAUAAAGUAGGUAAAGAUUUUGUGUAUUUGUUUGCAGAUCUUAACGAGUGAUACCAUCCAAUUUAUAAUAACGUUGCUUAGACAUCCAAUAGUGGAAAAAUAUCCUUUGAGAACUUCAUAUCUUGUUGUGAUAAUCAGAAUGCUGUCUAAACAGGUAGAUAUGAAACAUAUCAAAUUGAAAACAUAACUGGUAUAAUGCGAUUCAGCAUAAUUAAUAAAGUCCACUUUUUUACAUACGUGCGUUAUACAAUAAUUUUCGCAAAUCUAAAAUAUUAUGUACCUACAUAUUAAAUUACUUGUUUAACAAAAUAUUUAAGAAAAAUAUAAAAUUUUAACAUGCGUUUAUUAUAAAACAUAUUACAUAGGUACGUUUUAAAAAGAAGACAACAUUUCGUCAAUGCACAAACUAUAGCCAAAUUGUACCUUAAAUUUCUAAAAAUAUUAUGAACCCAAUAAAAUCUACAAAAUUUUUAUUACUUAUUAGUGACAAAUAGUGAGUCUAUUUGCUUCUUUUCUAAUAAAAAAAAGCCAACUUUUUUCCCAUUAGGAUUUUAACUUUUCAAACUAAUUAACUAUUUUAUUAGUUAUUGUCUAAACUAGCAUCAUAUAAAUUAUUGAAUAACUACCUGACACAAGUUGUUGUUCCGCGUACUAAGUUUAAACAAAUAUUCCAUUUUAUUAUUAGGCCAGUAAGUUACUGUUAAUACUGUUAACCUACAAGUGUGCUGGAUAAAAAGCAUCGACCCAUUAUUGUACAUGUUAUUUAGGUUUUAAGAAUUUCACAAUAUUAUCUGUACUAAUUUUUUCAAUUGUAUAAACAUCUACCAUAAAUGUUAGUUCUUUGCGAUUAAUAAAAUUAGGAAAAAUGUAUCAUGCUCUCAGGUAUAAUGUAUAAGUAAUAUCACAUCUAAAAACAUGAGUAAAAUGGACUAUCCUAUAAAAUUAAUAUAUAAAUCUAUGUAAUAGUUAUAAAAUGUUAUAUCAUUAACGUAUUUUAAUACCUACUAUAUAUAUAUAAAUAUAUAUGUUUUAGUUAAAUUGGACAAAUGAAUUCAAUUUAUACACAUUUAAUGAACAAAAAAUUAUUUUGCAGGUGGAAAUUGAAGAACAUCAGGUGUGCGACCACGACAUUGCAUAUAUGUAUUGCAGAUACGCUCGAUUCAUGCUGCCACAACCUGCCGGACCUAUAUUUUAUAAACACUACAUACUUGAUGAUGAUAUAGAUUUAAAGCCUGGAUUAACGAUUGACUCUGUCAUAACCAUUCAGGAAACUGCUACUUUUGUUUCUGAUGGAACUACUGGACUCUGUACUUGGGAGGUCAUUAUUAUAUUUUCAUUAAUGGUUUCUCCACCAACAUAAGUUUUCUCUGUGUGUCUCACUCAUAAUAUAUCAAUAAAAAUGUCCAUGUUUGUGACUUCUGGUUGAGUUUAGGGCAAAGGACCUAUCAUACAUUUUAUAAAGAGUAUUUGUUUAUAUAUCUUGUGAAUUUAUUACUUAAUUGUUAAAAUUAAAAAAAUAAAAUAAAACGCGCAUAACUUCAAAAAAUGAAUUAUUAUUUAAAGAAUCACCUUUAAAUGAUUAACAGUAUCUUUUAUAAAAUUUAUAAUAAGUCCUUUUACCCUGAACUCAACUAGUGAAUCGCAAUCCUGGAAUUAUGAAAUUCCUCUAUUUUGCAAGACAAACAGAAAAACACAAUGUAAUGAGGUACCAUAAAAUGUUUGGAACAAACAUUAUUAAUAUUAUAUAAUAUUGUAGUUUAACUUAAUCUAAUAGAGAUAUGAUUUUUUUAGGCUGGUGUAGCAUUGGGUGUUUGGGCUCUUAGAAAUAAAGAGAAACUCCAAGGAAAAUUUAUUGUCGAGUUGGGUUCAGGUACAGGUUUGAGUGGAAUAAGUGCGUGUGUGAAUUGCAAACCGCGUAAAUACUGGUUCACCGACUGCCAUGCAGGAGUUUUGGAUGUUAUUAAAAAUAAUAUUGAUAUAAACGAUAUGGUGCACACGUUCAAUUGCCCGUACGAAGUAAUUAAACUCCCCUGGGAAAAUGUUCAAAGAAGCGAACGGUUCGACGAGGAAAAACCAGAUUUAAUUCUAGCUGCCGGUAAUGAAAUGUAAAUUACAAAACCUUAUUUUUUUUUUAAACAAAUUUUCACAAAAUAUUUUAGACGUGAUCUAUGACCGUACAAUGUUUGAAUCAUUAUGUACAUCUUUAAAAUAUUUUGCUGCGAACAAUACAACUGAAAUAAUACUGUUUUCUACUGUAAGAAAUCCUGAAACCCAUCAGAAAUUUCUCGAGACACUUGGUAAGCAUUAUACUGAUUUUUAUUUUUAUAUAAAUUAUAAAUUUCAAAUUAUCUCGUAUCAUAUUAAUUAUGUAUCUACUUUAAUCAACUUAUGUUUUUAGAAAGAUUCUACUUGGAAUUUACAGAAGAAAUCUUGCCGGACAAUUACUCAAUGAUAAUAGAACAAAACAGUCCAAUACAUAUAACAAAUAUAAAAAAACGAAAUGUCAACACGUAUUAUACAUUUUAG